AUAUAAUUACUAAACCUUCUGAAUCAUUAAUUUAAUUUAUUUUUUAUGCAAAAUAAAUAAAUAAAUAAACAUGGUAUAGUUUGAUAAAAUGUGAAUUUUGUUCUCUAGUCUUUGUUUCUAUCUCAAGUUUCCUCCAAUAUUUUCUGAUGAUUUUCUUGAUCUCCGCUUCACUCAGACAUUGGUUAUGUCAGCUCCUUUAUUUAUUUUUCUCUCAUUCACGACUGUUUUUCCUUCUUUUGCCUCCUCCUCCUUCUCACACGUCCACUAAAAUAUUCGCAGGAGAUCUCUGCAAUUGCAAUUUAGUGGGUUUUGAGAUGCGUUGGAUUCGACAAACUCAAAUGGGUUCUUUUGUUUUUAUUUGACCAAUUUCUGUUUUCUACUGAAAGGAAUUUAUGCUGCUGCAAGUUUUCCAAGGCUGAUUCUGACUUGAUCAAUCUUUUGACUCCAAAAUAAAUAAAUAAAAUGGAGGGUGACACAUUCUCUGGUCUAGGCAACGGUACCCAGAUUGAUAGCAAGAUCUUGCAGACAUUUCAGAAAAGCUUUGUUCAAGUGCAGCACAUCUUGGAUCAGAACAGGGUACUCAUCAAUGAGAUAAACCAGAAUCAUGAGUCCAAGGUCCCUGACAACCUCAGCAGAAACGUUGGUCUUAUUAGGGAGCUCAACAACAACAUCAGAAGAGUGGUUGACCUUUAUGCGGAUCUUUCAAGUUCCUUCACCAAAUCUAUGGAAGUUUCUUCCGAAGGAGAUUCCAGUGGUGCUGUGAAAUCCGAUGGAAAAGCUGGUCACAAGCGACACAGGCCAGCUUAGAGAGCUUUUUUUAUUAUUUUUUUCUCUUUUAUUUUCUCCUUUUUCUUUCUUUUUGUUUGGUGGAGAUGCACGACAUCACAAUUGUGCUGAAGGGUAGAACAAGAUUAGGUUCUGUAGCCGAAGCUCUCUUGUAUUACAGAACCUUCUUUAGCUCAUCACUUACUGCUUACAUUUCAAAUAAAAAGAAAUGAUUUUCCAGAAUUCCUCUCAUGAUAACCUUGUAACUGUGGAUCUAAUAGAAAUAGAACAUGAUUAUGUGACUAAUUUAAUCAUGCUGCCGUCUUUGAAAAGGUAAAUGAGAAUGCCUUUUCUUUCCUAUUUGAACAUGUGAUGGAUUAUAAUGAGAUGGGCCUUUCUUGUUUAUGUUUUUUCUAUGAUAUGAUGAGGUGUUGCAACUUGCAAGAGAUAAGGGCUUUUAGCUUUGAUAAACUUUUCUGAGUUUCUGCUUGUCAAAAGGGGCUAAAGGGGUCUUCAUAAUUUUUUUCCUGUCAUUCUUUUUCAUGUGAACUAUCUCUUAUCUAGUUUUUGAUGGGAACUCGUCAUAACACCUUUAUUCCCUCUUUUAACUUCAACCAAAAUGUUGUUCCUUGCUCUUACUUUACCUAAGAACUGAAAGCGAGAAGGGGUUGCAGAUUCUGUUUUAGGCCUAUGCCCAUGUAGCCAGAGUUUCCUUACCAAGAAAACUAUUCCUGGUUUUUCUGUUCAUGUGUUCCCAUUCCCUGUGGGAAUGACAACGGAGAACUGAAAAAUGCAUACAUAUGUGUGAAGAUGCUCUGAAACAGAUGGAAGAAAGCUGCUUUAGAAUAUAGAUAAUAUCUUUUUGGUUCCCAAUUACACACCACCACAAGAACAGAAUCUCAGAUAAGAGAUGAUGAGCUUUUGACUAUUUUUUUAUUUUUUAAAUUUUUACAUCUAAUGGCUGGUAUAAGCUGGGAAAUAAAUAAAAGUAUUCUAUAUCAGCUUAAAACAAAGCACCUACAGUAUCGAGAGGCAGAUAUGUGUAAAUAGUGACCCCCAACAACAUGACAAGGGACCCAAAGGUUCUCUUUUGGGAUGGAAGUGAACUUCUCCAUGCUUAUCCCUUCCUACUCAGGUUCUUUAUUUUUUACUUUCCAAUUUCC